UCGAAAGCAUAACAUCUUUUAUUCACGUAUUUAACAGUCCGAUUUACAGCUUCAGAGGUAACGAACACACGAAACGGCAGCAUAGGAGAACAGAAAGAGCAGCAGCAGGAGUUAUGCUGGUCAAGCAGCCGAAGAAUAACAAAUUCAGAUGGAUGAUAGCACUUAUCGGUGUUGAGUUUGCAGCUCUCGCUGCCGCCUACGGUGUCUGGCGGUACAUGAAUCAUUCGCGGGAUUUCAGACUCUACAUGCACAAGAAUUAUCCCAUGGUUCUAAGUGGAUUUUAUAGUCUUGGUGAAGCACAAAACCCAUAUUACAAUUUGGCAAAGCUGGAUGAAAAUUAUUGGAUCCGUAACGGAGACAUGUCAGAAGAGCAAAGAAAAAUGUAAUGGAGUUUUUGCAACAUUUUUUAUCCAUGAUCAAUAAAAGUAGAAUAGAUUACACAUGCUUAGUGGAUGACGACAUAAUGAUCAAAGGAAAUGUAAAUGAGUACAAGAGAUAACGAUUAAUAAACUGUUAAUCAGUAAAGUUCAGACAAAAUUAUCAUGGAAUUUAACACUCCCAGCGAAGAAAGCUUAUCCGAGCGUAUCAACAAAAGAGACAGAGAGCGUAGGAAUGUGAUUGAAAAGCGUAAAGAAGAGAAACAACAGCUCAUUGUUGAAACAGAGCAAGCUAGCUACUUUAAAGAUGCUUUUGAUUCCACUUGCACUAAUAUCAAAAAGUUACUCGACAGUGCUGAAUCGGCUCCUACUUCUUCGCUAUUGGAAAUUUUCGAUAAAGUCAACAAGGAUAUACUGAUGCUAAAAAAUUACUUGUUUGAAUCAAAAAUAUUUUUGAAGAUGUAUGAUAUCCGUAAAGCUCAAGAAACUCUUCAAAUACUGGAAAAUGAUGCAGCCCAGCUGGAAGCAAAACUAGUUCCAAGGAAAAAAUUCGGCUUUAAAAAUCGCCGAGUUAUUAAAAAAUCAUCCGAUAAACCAAGUGACGUGACUGAUGGUUUAAAGGACAUGAAGAUAACCGAAGGAAAUGCAGCAAAUGGUGUAGGUAAACAGUGUAGUAAAAAAAUUUAUAACAAGUAUGGGGAUAACACGUGCAUGCUGCUAGGGAAAACGGAUGAAAAGCUGGUACUAGAUGCUGAAAAUGUGAAUAAAAACGAUGUGUUACUGACUGAUUUAACAAGGUGUACAGUCAAAAUAUACGGAACUCCAAAUACACUUCACAUGGUUAGUCUUGUACAAUGCACUGUUUUAAUUGGACCAGUGACAACAUCUGUGUUUGUUGAUAACUGUCUUGAUUGUGAUUUUGCCUUUGCGUGUCAGCAACUUAGACUACAUAGUUCUACGAAUUGUAAGAUAUACUUGCACGUGACAAGCAGAGCAAUUAUAGAGGAUUCGACAAAAAUAUUUGUCGCUCCCUAUAAUUGGUCUUACGAAGAUCAAAUGAAUCAUUUUAAGUUGGCUGGUUUGGAUCACAAAAUCAACAACUGGGACUCAAUUGACGACUUUAAUUGGCUGUCGAAAGAGAAAAGUUCUCCAAAUUGGUCCAUACUAGAGCCUGAAUUGAGAGUGAAAUCUUGGGAUUGAUUAUUUGUACAAUAAAUGUUAUAAAUUUUAUAAGUUUAAUUUCAUGAGAGACUGGGAAAAUCAAUGUAUGCAGUAUAAAAAAAUUAACUAUGUAUUUCCUUUUUACACAUUAAAAUAAUAUUACUUACUCAUUUAUUA